AUGCCUUCUUUUCUUCAGGUCAACAACAACGUCUCACUCUUGACAGUCAAUAUCGCCCCCAGCACGUUUCUGGCUUCGUUGACGUUGACCCUGGUGUUUCUGUCCUUUUAUCUGCCGUCCCUGUGUAUACGCAUACCCAGGCGCUUCAUUCCCGGCAUCAACGCCAACACCAGCUCAAGGACCGCUCGGAAGCCUUUGCCGCCCGUCCCUGACAUCGAUCCCAACGAGCUCCUCCAGGAUCUACCACUUGUGAUUGACAACCGUGCCGCUCUUCUUCUGCACGAUCACCACCGAGAGGAGCGUCACUACCACCUGGAGCAGCGCCGGCGCAGCAGCUCCAAAAGAAUGAUGCAGAGCGACCCCUUAGACGCCUCACUGCAAGAUUUCGAGCAGCCUUUAUCCCCAGCAGGUCAUCGCCGGAUGGCAAGCGAUCCAGCCGACACGGAGAGCAUGACGGACAGCGCCUCGAACGGCGGCUACAGCCCGCCCGCCUGGAGGCGCCUAGGAAACGGGGACAGGUCGUCGGGCUUCUGGCGCAGUCCUGACCACUUUCUCAAGGCUCCCAUGGCCACCGCUUCGGGCUUCGGGUCCGCUGAUGGCUCCGGCUUGGGCGGCAUUCUGCACCGCCGCUUCUCGUCGAGGGAUCCGUCGGUCGAUGUAGACGAUGUAGACCUGGGUUUCAGCGACGGCGACGAAGCCCUUCAGCAGGCCAUUAGGACUAGGCUGCCCGCGGGCUCCGUCAGUCCGGAGAAGGAGAGGAGCCCGGAACCAGAAUUUGCAAACCAUACCAACGCGACGACCAUAAAGUUCGAGCAACGGGACAUUGACCGGCGUCUAGGCCUCGUUGCUGACGCUGGGGGUUCUAAUCUUGCCCACGGUCAGGCCGAAUUGGCCCAGAAAAGACAAGAUAAUUUUAUACGUUUUGCUGUCAGCGCCGAGAUGCAACAAAAAACGGAACCAAUAGAGAAUGCAUACAACUUCGUCACCAAAAAGUAUCGGGCCAUGACCAAGACAUGGUUCCGCUCAUUUUGCUCGGCUCUUUUGUCCCUGAUGUUCAUUGCCGCCCUGCGUUCACUCUUUGGGACUCCCGACUCGAGGCCCGUCCCAGAUCUGGUCAAGGUGGCAGGCAUAGCACGUGCCUUUGAGCCUCUAAUUUAUUAUUCUGAGAAUGGUGCGCAGCAAGUCGGCGACCUACAGGCAACGGGCGUCGCCGUCUGGGAUCUGGGCGAAAGCGUACGUACCAGCAACAUGACAUCGGGACCCAUCAUUGUGAAAGAGCUCGAUGAUUUGAGCGACAGCCUGCGGACUCUUGCUAUCGAGUUGACCAAGUUCUUUGCCAAUGUUGAUGGAGAUAUUGAUGGGCUUGGCCUCUGCAGUGUUCUUAUUGUCAUGGACUGGGCUCGCAGGGAGCUUGGCCAACUGCAUCAGACCCCGCCUCCUAAUCUGUUCACAUCGGCUUUUGAUAACGUCCACAACCUCUUAACAUCUGCUGGCGUCCUUGAAGACGCAAGGGGCGAGCCGACUCGGGCCGGCCUAAUCGCCACCUCCAUUUUCGGAAUGUCAUCUCCGCAACGCACCCGUGCGACCGUGCAACGUACCUUUGACGAGUUUCUCGCCGUGCUCGAGGAGGCCAUUGGCACAGAGUUGCAGCACAGCGUUGCGCUCUUCGCCUUGUUCGAGGCCAUCGACCGACAAUUCGACAACCUCGCGAGGACGGUAGCAAGGGAGACGAGCGCACAGGAUGAGAAGCACGCCGACGCGCUGAGUUCGCUCUGGUCUCGCCUCUUAGGCCCCGACGCUGGCAGGGUGGCUAAGUAUGAGCGAAACCGCCUACUGCUGCAAAACCUGCGCGAGAAGACAGUCUGCAACAAGCGCGUGCUGAUCGAGCACAACGAUCGGCUGCUCGCCCUCCGCACAAACCUGGAGAGCCUCAGGAGGAAGCUCGUGAGCCCGCUCGUGCGAUCCGUCAACUCAUCCACCUUGUCGCUCGAGGAGCAAAUCCGAGGCUUGGAUGACGCCCUGCUGUACCUAGAUGGUGUACGGACCCGACAGAAGGGCAAGCUGAUGGAGAUAUUGUACGGCGGCAACGGCGGCGGCGAGCAUGGGAGACGGAUGAUCACGGAGCAGCAUGCUUCUCGCAACUGA